AAUGCAGCAAUGUCGAUGCCGACCAGUACAACUCAAACGAAGAAGAGGAAGGUAAGCGGGUGCCAGGAGAAGACUACCUGCUCCACAUCUGUUGUUGGUGUCUUCUCGGUUCCAAUUACAGGAUGGCACAGUGGGGUGCCAUAUUCUCAAUAAUUGCCGCUCUUGGAGGAGCAGCACUUUUAGCCUCCGUGCACAAGAUCGAUGAGGGGCACACUGGAGUUUACUACAGGGGAGGGGCUCUCCUGACCACCACCAGCGGCCCUGGUUUCCAUCUUAUGCUUCCAUUCAUUACCACCUACAAGUCGGUUCAGACGACGCUGCAGACAGAUGAGGUGAAGAAUGUACCAUGUGGCACAAGUGGAGGAGUGAUGAUUUACUUUGACCGCAUAGAAGUGGUGAACUAUCUCAUUCCAUCAGCAGUGUACGACAUAGUGAGAAACUUCACAGCAGACUACGAUAAAGCUUUGAUAUUCAACAAGGUUCACCAUGAGCUCAACCAGUUCUGCAGUGUUCACUCACUGCAAGAGGUCUACAUCGGCUUGUUUGACCAAAUUGAUGAAAACCUAAAGUUGACGCUACAAGAGGAUCUAACAUCCAUGGCACCUGGACUUAUCAUACAGGCAGUCCGCGUGACAAAACCCAACAUCCCAGAGAGCAUUCGUCGGAACUACGAGCUCAUGGAGAGUGAGAAGACGAAGCUGCUGAUCUCUCAACAGACACAGAAGGUUGUGGAGAAGGAGGCAGAGACAGAAAGGAUCAAAGCUGUGAUAGAGGCUGAGAAAGUGGCACAAGUGGCAGAGAUCAAGUUUGGACAGAAAGUCAUGGAGAAGGAAACCGAAAAAAAGAUCUCUGAAAUUGAAGAUGAGGCUUUCCUGGCCCGGCAGAAAGCCAAGGCAGAUGCAGAGUUCUAUACAGCACAGAGAACUGCCGAGGCCAAUAAGGUGAAGUUAACACCAGAGUACCUGCAGCUAAUGAAGUACAAAGCCAUCGCAGCCAACAGCAAAAUUUACUUUGGGAACGACAUACCCCAGAUGUUUGUGGACUCUGCAGGGAGCUCCAUCAAGGCCUCUGCAGCCAUGGACAUUGUGGGUGAGCAGAUCCUGGACCUGGAUUGAGUAUUGGGACCCACAGGACUACCCAGGGUUGGAGGACUAUCUGCUGAAGGGCAGUAGCCUGCCCCACAGGCUGGCUUGCUGGCAGGUUCUCCCUCUGGCCCAGAGAAGCUCUGCUGACCAGGGCCUGUAUUUCUCAAACAUCUCAGAAUCACUGCUAGAAAUCACAUUGAAAGUUUGACUAGGAAAUAAAAUUCUUCUACCUCAGAGCAGAGGACCUGAGUUAUUUUUGAGGCUUCUGUUUGUUCGGACAGAGAAUGCCAUAAUCUAGACUCAGAACCAUAAAUUCGGGGGGGAGGAAAAACUAGAUUAAAUAGCAUCACUUGUGGGUGUAUGAUAAGCUCAUUCAAAACUGACAUUUAGCUAAAACAGUAAUGAAGGAUUUAGCCCUGCUGCUGUUCUGCUUUGAUGUUCUGUGUGGGAAGUGUACCCAUUCCCAACAUAACAGAUCACAAAUCCAUUCUGACUUAUGUGUUAUCUCUUUAUGUGACGUGUCCUAAUUGAGCAAUUGAAGCUGUAUUAUUUCCAACCUGUUGUUCUGAAGAACACAAGGCAAACAUGUUUUCUAAUCAAGUUUAGUUGCAGGGUAAUUAAUAAUUAUUCAUCUUAAUUAAGCUUUUAGGUGCAAUGCAUUCAGUCACAGUUGUGAACAACCCAAAUCACGGCUAUUUUAGCUGCAUCGUCCAUUGACCUUUUGCUAAUCCUUAUCACUUUAAGUUGCUGUUGCUAAACCUUUCAUGCUGCAAGCUUUCUGUUCAAGCACGGCUAUGUAGUUUAAAAUGACACCGAAAUUCUUAGUAUUUUUCUAAAACAUGGGUCCUUUACUUCAGACAGAGAGAGACAAAAGUAGGCUUCUAAUUUUUAGCCUGUGAUCAGUUAUGGCUGAAACAGCUCCUUGGGCUAGCAUACUUCUGUUGGUGUUGCUAGCAAAUUAAGCUAACGUUAGCUCCAUGAGUUGGUUGAAACGUUGUCUAUGGCUGACUUUUUAAUGUUGCCAACUAAUUAAAAUGGGAACCCAGUCAAAAGGGAUCUCUUAAAAAGCGCUUGAUGGCUACUUACAGCGCAUGAUAUCAUGCUAAAAGACUGAGGCUAAAGGUAUAUGUUACAGCAAACAGUCAGCAUUGUUAUCAGUUGAUGAUUUGUGUACAAGUCAUGGUAAUAAAGAAACCGCAUUGUUCUUGUAUUGCAGUGUAGAGCUUAGUGCUAGUAUUAUUAGUAUCAUAAGGAAAAGUGCGGGAUCAGACUCUUUUAUUCUUUCAUUUGUAACCCUGUUUUGCUGCUUAGUCUAAAUAUUAAUAAUUUCAAACAUAUGUUUUCACUCUAAUAUUAUAAAAGAAAAAGUAGGGUGAGGGAUGAAGGAUAACCAGUACAAACGUAACAUUAACUUGGAUAAUAAGUUUAGACUGAGUUGCAGGUAUUUCCCCAAAACCAAUACAGAGUUGCUAAUGUUAGCCUAGACUCUGAUAGCAUCCAGAACCAGCUUCCAAGUAGGCGGGUAAACUACAUAGUAUAUGUGCUAGUUGUGAAUAGGGUUUUUUUUUCCAUAACCUGUAAACUCACAAAAUAAUGUAUUUAUGUGGAAGUAAAGUGAAACUACUACUAUAGUUACUAAGCUUGCUAGCCAAACAUGCUAACAAUAGCAGUUUACGUUAGAGCAUAUGAUACACUGUUUGAUCAGUUUCUAUUACUUUCUGCUCUUGUAUAUUGAAUUUUGAAAAGUUGAUUAAAAAAAGACACCAUCCUCAAGACUCUGUAAAUGAAGAUUAUCACUGUCUACAGUACAUCCCCAUGCACGCCACUUAAGGACAAUCACUGUUUAUCAAACCGGUUCAGUGAAUGGUCGGUUGCAACAACUUAAAGUUUUCCCCUUGCCCCCCCCCCC